GAUUUUGUAUUUAAUAACAUUAAGAUUUACACGUGCUACAAGGUGCUGUAUCACCAAAUCAAUUUUUACUUGAAAUUUCGCUGGAUUUUUGUUUAUUUCUCCGUAACAAAUCAACGCAGUAAAAUGUCGGAAAGAGUGGAAAUGCGAAUGGAGCAGUCCAUUCGUGAAUACGAACAGAUGCGGAUCACGAAACUGUUUGAAAAUGAUGAAAUAAAUACCAUCAUCAAGAAACGCGAACAGUUCGAAUACAAGCUCGCCCGGCCGCAUAAAGAAAUCGUCGACUAUUUGGAUUACAUUCGCUACGAACGUUCUUUACUCCGGCUGGUCAACGAACGUAAUGCCAAGGAGCACAAGCUGAUCAAUUUCAUCGGCCAACGUAUCAAGGGCCUGUACAAUCAGUCUACACAUCGCUUUCCGAAUCGAAAAUCGUUGUGGGACGACUACUUUGUCUUCAUAACAUCGACACUGUCCAGGGCCGACAAUGCGGAAGUGUCGGCUGUGCUGGACAAUACGAUACUGCAUCACGGGCACCAUGUCGAAAACUGGCUGAAAUACAUCAAAUGGGAACGGGCGAUACGAUCGAAUGAAACGAAAGUGCGAAAUCUGCUGAUGAGAGCACUGAUGAAGCAUCCGACCAGUGAAGAUUUGCAUUUCGAAUUUUUGGACAUUGAAUUGGCCAACGAGCGUGAACUGUCCGAAACGGACGUCACCGGCAAUGUGACAUUGCUGUACACGAAUGCCAUCAAAAGUCUCCGCAACGACAACAGUGUUCCGGCCGAAAGACUACUUACAUUCAAAGCUGCAGUGUUGGAUCUGUUGGAAAAGUUUCCGUUCACAAGGGACUUGCAGUUAAUGGUGUUGAAGGAUGUGCACGACGAACAUAUAAAGGAAGAACUGUUCUGGCACUUUUUGGCUCAAAGAGAACUGCGUGGUCAAUUGACACUCGACGAAGCACAGAACCAGCUGCUGGACCAAAAGGUCGAUGCGGAAGGAAAAUCACAAAAGCUGAACAUAAAGCGCUGUGUCAAAGUGUACGAAGGUGCGCUAUCAAAGAUAAACACCGAGAAGAUGUGGUCAUACUAUCUGAAUACGGUGCUCGAGCUGAACGAGAACAUCAAGUCACUUCCCAUACUGAAGCGCAGUGUUCUCGGUUGCGCACUCAAGGCUGCAUUCCAUGCGAAGAAAAUGAGCGAACCGCUUUGCAUUCAUUACAUUGACAUCCUUUAUGCGACGGGUGCGGCAGACAGUCUAAUUUUGAACAUAAUUGACGACAGUCUCACCAUGUAUCCGAUGUCGGUGACGUUGUGGGAAUCGAAAAUGAGAUUUUACAUUCAGGCCAAAGACGACCAGAGAAUUGUGCAAGUUUUCGAAAAGUCGCGCCACAAACUCGGCAACGACUCACCGCCCAUAUGGGGUUUGUACAUGAAAUACCUGUUGACAUUGGAUGAGAAGGUGAAUGGUACAAAGAAACUGAAGGACCUAUUCGACAAGAUUACGAUUCAACCGCACGAGAAUUUUCGAUUUCUAAAAGUCGAUGCAAUGGAGAAUGUGACCGUACUGUUCGGAAUGAAGGAAACGCGGAAAUUCUUUAACAAUGCGUGCAAAGGGUUCCCAUGCUUGGAAAUGUACAGCAAAAUGGUUGAGUUGGAAUCGCUGCAGAUUGUACCCGACCUGAACAAUUGGCGAAAAUGUCUGGAAUCGGCGAGCCGCAACUACGGACGAAACAACAUUGACGUGUGGCUGGAUUUAAUUAAAUUCGAACUCAAACAAGGUGAUCCGAAAAUGGCCAGCCAAAUAGCUGAACGGGCAAUCGGUACGUUGGAAUCGAAACUGGUCGAUUCGUUUAUCUUUAAUCGCGAUGCAUUACAACUGGGAAUUGUAUCAGUGUAGGACUAUCGAAAUAUAAACAUUUUGUUGAACA